UACAGAACUUCUGAUUGGCCAUUAUCAUCAGCUUUCAUCCCCACCCCUUAUUUCUGUCCUUUCUUAUAUCAGUGCAUUGAGAGUCUCUCUAUCUGUCCAAGUGUCUUUAUAGGGAAGGGCAUCAGAAUCUCCACAGCUCUCCACCGACUGCAGAUUGUUGAUUAUGAAUUAUGGACAGUACCCCCCUCCAUAUCCUGGACCGGUCCACAUCAACUUUGCUAACCAGACACAGCAGGUUAACUAUCAAGCCCAACCAGUUCCCACUGUAUACAAUCCACCGCCCCAAAAGACGUCAGUCAUGGCAUCCCAAAUGGUCCAGUCCUCUAAUAUGGCUCCAAUGAUAAUUGCCAACCAACAAGCCAUUCACAACGUUGUCCAGCCUGCGCCUGCCCCAGCUGCAAUGAUAGUUUACAACCAACAAGCCAAUCCCAACAUUGUCCAGCCUGCGCCUGCACCUGCGCCUGCACCUGCGCCUGCCCCGGCCAAAAAGGUAAUUCUGCCACCACGUCUGACUGAAGUUCCUGCGCCGAUGCAAUGUCCUUUCUGCAAGGAGGACAUCGUCACACAGACGACAUUCGUCAAUGGGACUUUGGUGUGGGUCAUCUGUGGAUCUCUUGGCAUUUUAGGGAUCUGGCCGUGUUGUUUGAUUCCUUUCUUUGUGAAACGCUGCAAGGACGUAAGGCAUCGCUGUCCAGGCUGUAAAAACCUCAUCCAUGUGUACAGACGCAUGUAGCUGUUCUGAAGCGGAGAAAAUCUGAACGACCAAAUGAAAAACUUUACAAAGAGCACCUUUUGGACAUAAUUGGACUUUAUAAUUCUACCAUGAUGUGGGGUUCUCUUUCCUUCUUUAUGCAUAGAUAUAAAUAUAUAUAUUGGUACUGAAUAUGGUUAAACUCUUUUCUUAUUGUAAAAUUCAUAAUGAACUCCGCAGGAUCUUGUAAUGUUAUCAAGCAAAACAUCUUACUACUUGUUGCCAUUUUUGCACAACCCGUGUUUUUACUUAAAUAAUAUAAAUAUAGUUUGCCAACAUGGA